GCACUCGCCACUCGGCAGUCGGCACGACGGCACGGCACAAUAGCGUCCCGCCGUCCCCUUUAUAGUUGUUAGUUGUUACCGAAUUCCGGUAAUCGUUAAAUCGUUGUUAUCAGAAAGAAAACAAUAAGACAUCGUUCCAUUGGCCAGUGAUGUUAUCAUUUUGUCGCUCGUUACGUGUUUGUGUAAAACUGAAGUGAAAAGUGAAAAAUACUGAGGGACACUAAAUUUUAUUGAAAAUGGCUGGGAAUUUUUGGCAAAGUUCGCAUUAUCAACAAUGGAUAUUAGACAAACAAGAUCUAGUCAGAGAACGCCAAUUAGAUUUACAAAUUUUAAGUGAAGAGGAAUAUCAAAAAAUAGGAAUAUUCUUUUCUAAUUUUAUUCAAAUUUUAGGUGAACAACUAAAACUUAAGCAGCAAGUAAUAGCUACGGCAACAGUUUAUUUUAAAAGAUUUUAUGCCAGAAAUUCUCUCAAAUGUAUUGAUCCUUUGUUAUUAUCUCCAACUUGUGUUUUCUUAGCAUCAAAAGUUGAAGAAUUUGGUGUAAUAUCAAACAGUCGUUUAAUAACUACUUGUCAGACAGUUUUGAAAAAUAAAUUAAAUUAUGCAUAUACCCAAGAAUUUCCUUAUCGUACUAAUCAUAUAUUAGAAUGUGAAUUUUAUUUAUUGGAAAAUUUGGACUGUUGUUUGAUUGUAUUUCAACCUUAUCGACCAUUACUUCAAUUAGUUCAAGAUAUUGGGCAACACGAAGAUCAAUUAUUGGCAUUAGCAUGGAGAGUAGUGAAUGAUAGUCUUAGAACUGAUUUGUCAUUAUUAUAUCCACCAUAUCAAAUAGCUAUUGGAUGUUUACAAAUUGCAUGUGUUAUUAUGCAAAAGGAUCUCAAAUCAUGGUUUGCAGAACUAAAUGUGGACAUAGACAAAAUACAAGAAAUAUCCAGAUAUAUAAUCAACCUAUUUGAGUUGUGGAAAUCUUAUGAUGAGAAAAAAGAUAUUCAAGGCUUACUAAAUAAAAUGCCUAAACCUAAAUUACAGCCCACUAGAUAAUAGUUUAUUUUUAUUAGCAAUUUUUUAUAAUUUUUUUUUACUAAAACUAAUUUUUAUUUAAAAAAUAAAUAGUUUAUUACUUCUAGUUAACUAUUAAUAAAUUGUUUAAUUUUUAAUAUUUUUCAUUUUAAUUAGGUCGUUUGGUAAUUUUCAAAAAUUAAAUACAGUAGGGUCUCAAUAAUCCGAAUGAGAUUGGGAAAAGGGGUCCGGAUUACCUAUGACUACUUAUAUGGGGCCAUUUUAUGUACUAAAAUGAAAUCACUAUAAUUUAACAAUCACUAUAAAGUAUGACUUGCGACUAAUAAUCUUUAUCAACGUAUGGAAUCUGACAAUGCACAUGUGUGAUAUACAGUCGUAUUAAUCGUUAUGAUUAUUAUUUUAUUAGUCUACAUAAGUUCAAUAAUGAAACAGUGGCGAUGUACACUCGAAGCCGUUUGGAUUACCGUGUCUUUCAGAUUAUUGAGACCCUACUGUAGAUAUUUAUUUAGAAGUAGUUUAUAACAUUUACGUAUACUAUUAUUAGAGGUCGGAUUUUUAUGAUUUUACAUAUUUGUUUCUAGUAUAUGCAGUUAAAUGGGAGCAAGAUAUAUUGACGAUUAGCUAUCCCCAUACACUUUGUUACCCGUAGAAAAUGCAUCUGUGUUAAAUUUGCCUAAUGUUAAUUUACGCGUGUGGAUAAUUAAUAUUUUUGGUUUUUUUGAUUUGGUGUAUAGUUAAAAUGAAAAGAAAAAUAUCUUUAUGUGCGUAUUUUCUGAUUAUUUGAAAAAUUAAUAAUUCAAUUUUUCAUUAACUUAUAGAAUCAGCUCAGAAUUAGGUUUAAAACCUAUUCCGUAAUAUACUCUUUCAUUUGAAAAAAAAAAACAAAUUAAGAUAAGCGGAUGAGUAGUGUAUUACAAAGAUUUCCAUUUUCACAUUGAUGUAUAUUUCAUGCAUUCAUAAAAAAUGAUAUUUUAGGGGUUUGAGGAUGUUUGAGAAAAAAAAAUAUUUUUAUUUUUGUAAAUAUUUUUCUGAAGAAAAUAAUUAAUAACUAUAUUACACAAUAUUUUUAUAUACCAUUUAUACACCAUUUAAUUUUUAUUGUAAACAAAAUAAAAUAAAUUUAAACUAUGAUUGUAAACAAAAUGAAUUAAAUAAAUUUAUUCUGAAUAAUUUAAAUAUUUUUUUUUUUUUUACAGAAUUUUAAAAGAAUAUGUAUUCUUAAGGACAAAAACAUCAUGUAUCUCAGUGAUACAAUUGAUAUAAUGUUUAUUUUAAAACGUAGAUAAUACAAAUUAUCUAAAGGAAGUAAUAUAAUGCUGUAAAAAUGCAAUUGAACCAUUUGGUGGUUUCUAAAAAUUAGCCCUCUAGUCACUUUAAGUUACCCAUCCGUAAUAUAUCUGAUAUUUUGCAAAAUAUUCAAAACACAUAUUGCCUUUAUUUUAAUUGCAUAAAAACAUCAUAUUAUUUAAUAAUUUUAAUAGAAUAUAAAUCCGACCUCUAAUUAUUACUAAAUGUUUUCAUAUUUAGUCUAUAAUUUGUGUGCCUUUUGAAUUAUCUUAAUUGAGAUAAUUUUAUUAGUGAUUACUUAAAAUUUAACAUGCUGAUAUUUACCAAAAAUAAUAACCAACAAUGUGGGUAAUAAUUAGUUAUUAUGUAACUUUAAAACUGUUUACCAAAUUUGUUGUAAGAAAAAAAUUAUGAAAAUUAAAUGAUUAUAUUAAUUCAAGAA